AUGGCCGAUUUUCGUAAUUCUUUGGAAGCCGCUGAAGAAGCGGUUCUGCCAUUCGACGAAUUUCAAAAAAGGUACUCCUGCAAUUGUAAAAGCUGUCUGUGUGGCCGGAAGUUUAAAGUAUGGGUUCCAAGAUUGUUUUUCAUAGGUUUCUUGGUGCCUCUGUCAUGGCUGACGCUUUUGGGGAUUUGGUUCUGCGUUCGUUAUUGGUUAGAACACGUUGUCGCGUUCCCAGUUUUGCCCGAAGAAGAGUUUCCGACCAUCUAUGAGCUUCAUAGUGGGGCCCAAAAAGCUUGCGUCAGCGUUCGCAAAGGGCAACGUGACGGCGACAAUUAUGCUUCUAAAGGAUCCAGAGAAUUUUAUCAACAUUCGAGCAAAGAGCUGAAUCCACGGGUGCAAUCUUGGGGGGUCGUUGAGAACAAAUGGACUCAAGACGAAGCCACGUUGCCCGUAGGUUCAGAAUCUGCAAUUCGCCAAUACUCCGGAAAGCCCGAACCCUGUCCUAACACCGCCGCACAGUUAAAUCAAAUGCUUCAAAAUUCUCGAACAAUGAUGUUGGCAACUGUCGCAGCCGAUGUCCUUCACUCUCAUGACAGAAUGCGUCGAUAUUACGAUCUUUGGUUUUUUCGUCUAUGGGCCUCCUCGUCAGCCUAUAUUUUAAUCGUAGUAUUCGUGGUCCUUAUUGCAUUUAAAUCCAUAGUAUCGAGCCCCGGAAUGGCCUUACCAACGUCUCACUGA